GAAAAAGAAAAAAGGUCGACCGAUGACGAAUACAGUAGUUUCCAAAUUCCAAGUCCAUGAAACGUCUUUGAAUUCACAAGUAUCGACUAUCGAUCGAAAAGCCCAAACAACGAAACUCCUUAAAUCCUACGCAAUUGCAAACUACAAAUUGCCCUUCCAUGGCUACCAACUUCAUCCAAGAAUCCCUCUGGUAUCGUCUUCGUUGACUUGUUAUCCUAAAACCUUGAAGAUUUUCAAGUUUGAAUUUUGCCUUUUAACAAUGGCAAGUAGUGCUUCAAAUGGAGAACACAAGUCUACAAAACCACCACCAACCCCUUCUCCAUUGCGCAACUCCAAAUUCUUUCAGUCAAAUAUGAGGAUCUUGGUUACUGGUGGUGCUGGAUUUAUUGGCUCUCACUUAGUCGAUAAACUAAUGGAAAAUGAAAAGAAUGAGGUAAUUGUUGCUGAUAAUUAUUUCACUGGAUCAAAGGACAAUCUUAGAAAAUGGAUUGGCCAUCCAAGAUUCGAGCUUAUUCGCCAUGAUGUGACAGAGGCGUUGCUAGUUGAGGUUGAUCAAAUAUACCAUCUUGCAUGCCCUGCUUCACCUAUCUUUUAUAAAUACAACCCUGUAAAGACAAUAAAAACAAAUGUGAUUGGCACGCUAAAUAUGCUUGGUCUUGCAAAGCGAGUAGGAGCAAGAAUUUUGCUUACAUCUACCUCUGAGGUAUAUGGUGAUCCUCUUGUGCACCCACAACCAGAGAGCUACUGGGGUAAUGUCAACCCAAUUGGAGUUCGGAGUUGCUAUGAUGAAGGAAAACGUGUGGCAGAGACUUUGAUGUUUGAUUAUCACAGGCAACAUGGCAUUGAAAUAAGAAUUGCCCGGAUUUUCAACACAUAUGGACCCCGGAUGAAUAUUGAUGAUGGGCGUGUUGUGAGUAAUUUUAUAGCUCAAGCACUUCGUGAUGAACCUUUGACUGUUCAAUCCCCUGGAACACAGACUCGCAGUUUUUGUUAUGUUUCUGAUAUGGUGGAUGGGCUUAUUAGGCUGAUGGAAGGGGAGAAUACUGGACCGAUUAAUAUUGGUAAUCCAGGUGAAUUUACAAUGAUUGAACUUGCAGAGACAGUCAAGGAGCUUAUUAAUCCGAGUAUAGAGAUUAAAAUGGUGGAAAAUACACCUGAUGAUCCGAGGCAAAGAAAACCAGAUAUCACAAAUGCAAAGAAGUUGCUUGGGUGGGAGCCCAAGAUUAAACUGCGCGAUGGUCUUCCUCUUAUGGAGGCUGAUUUUAGGCUAAGGCUUGGAGUUGCUAAGAAGGUGUAAACAAGAACGACUUUUUUUUUUUGUUGUUUUUUAAGGUUGUUGGAAACCGAUUGUCACGUGUGUUUUGUUUUUUGAAGUGUUUAGUUUACACUACUCCCGUAUAAGUGAAAAUAAAUGGGGCGAGUCGGAGUCUUUGUGUUGUUUACAACUUUUUUUUAUAAACUUGUUUAUGAAUGAAAGGCAUUGUUUUUUUUUUUUGGAUUUGAAGCUCUUCUACUUGUAAUUUUGCCAUGUG